AUGGCUUCCUCCUCGCGAGCCAUGAUGACCCUCUCCCGGGUCGGCCAGAUGGCCCCCAGCAGUCGCAUUGCGACUCGCACCCUCUCCACCGUCUCCAAGGCCUCCACUCGACCUUCUGUUGCCAUGAAGCUGAGCAACUCUGGUCGCAUCGCCUUCCGAAGAGCCUACGCCGACGAGGCUCCUAAGCCCAGGCCUGGCAAGCUGCGAAGGACCCUGCGAUGGACUUGGCGGUUCACCUACCUCUCCUUCGGCGCUGCUGUUGCCUACACCUGCUGGGUUAUCUACGACGACCGUCAUCCUCAGGAGCAAUUCCAGCCUGAUCCCUCUAAGAAGACCCUUGUUGUGCUCGGAUCUGGUUGGGGCUCCGUCGGUCUCCUCAAGAACCUCGACACCGAGAACUACAAUGUCAUCGUCGUCUCUCCCCGCAACUACUUCCUCUUCACUCCCCUGCUGCCUUCGUGCACCACGGGUCUCAUUGAGCACCGCUCCAUUAUGGAGCCCGUUCGCACCAUCCUCCGCCACAAGAAGGGCGCCGUUAAGUACUACGAAGCUGAGGCUUCUUCCGUUGACCCUGACCGCAAGGUUGUCAGGAUCAAGGACAACACCGAGGGCAAGGGUCCUCACUCUGAGACUGAGAUCCCUUAUGACAUGCUCGUGAUUGGUGUUGGCGCCGAGAACGCCACCUUUGGCAUUCCCGGUGUUCGUGAGAACAGCUGCUUCCUCAAGGAGAUUGGCGACGCCCAGCUGAUCCGCAAGAAGAUCAUGGACUGCGUUGAGCGCGCCUCUUUCAAGGGCCAGUCCCAGGAGGAGAUUGACCGCCUCAUGCACAUGGUCGUGGUUGGUGGUGGCCCUACUGGUGUCGAGUUCGCUGGAGAGCUGCGCGACUUCUUCGAGGACGACAUCAAGAAGCUGAUUCCCGAUAUCAGCCACCGCUUCAGGGUCACCCUCAUCGAGGCUCUACCCAACGUUCUCCCUUCCUUCUCCAAGCAGCUGAUUGAAUACACCGAGAACACCCUGCGCGAGGAGAACAUUGACAUCAAGCUCAAGACCAUGGUCAAGCGCGUCACUGCGGACUUUGUCGAGGCCGAGUGUGUUGGCCCCGAUGGCAAGAAGCAGACCCUUCGUAUCCCCUACGGUCUGCUCGUCUGGGCCACUGGCAACGCCGUCCGCCCCAUUGUCCGGGACCUCAUGGGCAAGGUUCCCGCUCAGAAGGAGUCGCGCCGUGGUCUGGCCGUCAACGAGUACCUGGUUGUCCAGGGCACUCGUGACAUCUGGGCUGUUGGUGACUGCGCCGUCGCCGGCUAUGCCCCCACCGCCCAGGUCGCUUCCCAGGAGGGUUCUUUCUUGGCCCGUCUCUUCAACAACAUGGCCAAGACCGAGUCUCACGAGAGCCGCAUCAAGGAGCUCAGCAGCAGCUUGAACCUCAAGCAGGGCAACUCGGCCGAGGUCGCCCAGGAGAUUGAGACUCUGGAGAAGCAGCUCCGCCGCAUCAAGGACGUCAAGCCCUUCAGAUACUCUCACCAGGGCAGUCUGGCCUACAUUGGCAGCGAGAAGGCUGUCGCCGAUGUGCCGUGGUUCAACGGCAACAUUGCCAGUGGUGGUAGCCUGACCUACCUGUUCUGGAGGAGUGCCUACCUCUCCAUGUGCUUCAGCACCCGGAAUCGUGUCCUUGUCGCUGUGGACUGGCUCAAGUCCAAGGCCUUCGGCCGUGAUGUCUCUCGCGAGUAA